CGUGUUUAUGAGUGGUAUCGAAGAGUAGCGCCUUUUUUUUUAAUUGUUACUUUUUGGACGAAAUGUGUCAGUUUCACUUCUCAAUUGUAACUUAUGUGUGACGGAAGUGGCUCUGAUGUCGCGUGAUUGUUGCUCUUUGUGCCUUUCACGAGACACUCCGCCGUGAACCUGAUUUAACACUAAACAGGGUCGGUUUGAGCCUUUUAUAAAUUAUAUUUUUCCCUACAUGCUGUUUGCGAGGUUUUUCAGCACAAGGAUGUCUGUCACUUCCCCCCGCCAUGUUGUUUGGGAGUCGGAACGUCUUGUGGCUUACCUCCACCCUCAGCCAUGGACGCCCGGCUCCGUGAUCCUUGAGCGCCGCGUGCCCGGAACAAUGGCGGGCAGCAUCUUUCACCUGGAGGAGGCGGAGUAUUUAUCCUGGAUGCUGGGGGCCAGGGCAGUGGCACAGCUGCUGUGCGAAAAGCUCGAGGUGCACCGGUGUGCCUUGGUCACAAGACCACAUGUGGACAGACCCGCUCAGAUACGUAUCCUCCCGCUGCACGGUCUGGAUGCAGAAUGGUGUCCUCACCAGGCAGGUGAUGAGGAACAGCACGCCCACGAUCCCGGAUACUGCACCUCCAAGACGGCGCCUCGGUGGAGCGACGCCCGCCUGAACGAAAUACUGGCCAAGAUCCGUGCCAAACUCCCCAACCCGGACGCACCGCCCAACUUGACGUUCCUGGGAGACGACCAGUCUCAUCCCGGUCUAUUCUCACGCAUCGUCCGGGGCGAGGAGCAGCAGUGGCGUGUGUGGGAUGACGAGGGUCACGUGUCUUUCCUCACGCCAUUCCCCAACUCGCCAGGAUUCACCGUGCUCGUACCACGGCGCCCUCUGUCCUCCGAUAUAUUCGGGCUGAGCGAGAGCGACUACGAGGGGCUGGUGUUGGCCGCCCGCAAGGUGUCUCAUCUGCUGGAAAAGGGUUUGGGGGCGUGGGGCGUUGGGCUCAUCUUCGAGGGCUUCGAGAUUGAUUACGCCCACGCCAAGUUGAUCCCGCUGCUGCAGCCGCCGUCUGCCAGGGAAGAAAAUCUCCGCUUCCAGUCGGCGUGUCAGCAAUGUGUACACUCGUAUCCCGGUUAUGUCACCUCAGAGGAUGGACCCGGAGCGUCCUUGGAGAGUUUGGAGGAGAUAUACGCCAAAAUGACCUUAAAGUAAAUAGAGUGCGCUUUAUCAAUACCAGAUGUUGCCCAAAGUGCUUUACGAAGCCUCACAUUAACCUAUUCACAUAAAGUAGAACUGUUAACAUUGAGGUUGUCAUUAAAAUAAAUUUUCACAAA